GAGUUAAAUUUAUAAGAAAAUCCAAUUUACGUGAAAACAAAUAAAAUAAAUUUAGAAAUGGAACAUACUAAAUAAACAAAAACAUGAAAAAGAUCGUACAUUUACGAGAUGAUGACUAAAGGGAAAAUUACCAAUUAUUGUCCUUUUCAGUAUCAAUUUACGUAAAAUUUACAAUAGUUAGUUAACAGUUCUUAAACUGGGCUUUUGAAAAAAGUCGUGAAGAGUUGUUGAAGACGUCUUCACUAGUGUGUAUAAAUAAUGUGUAAUUUAUUAGCGCUAAUUGCUAUGUAAAUCUAUAAUUAAAUAAUGUGAGAUAUUUUUGUAUCCCUAUCUUGGGUCGACAACUCAUAAUGCAGCCUUUAAUUUCUCCCGUUGAUCAUGAGUCGCGGCACAACUCGCACCGCACCGAAGAAAUCCAUGAUACUGUCGUCACGGAAGAUACGCCCUUGCUGCGCAGAUUCCCUGCAGCCGUAGCUGAUAGAAGGAGCCCCGUCACCACCGUAGUCGUCACGCUUCUAUUGCUUAUACUACUGUCUGGCAUCAUAAUUGGAAUUUAUCUACUGGUACUCCAAACCAGAUCCGAAAAUGUUCUACCGCCUGUGGAGGAGAUGCCACUUCAGCUGGUCAGCCGAGUCCAAUGGGAUCAUGGGAGGGUAGCGACGCCCAUGCUCGCUCUGGCUCCCCGCAGGGCCCGGGAGGUGCUAGUAGUCCAGACUGACACCCGGCAAUGCCACAGCACGGUCUCCUGCGUUGAACUACUACUCGAUAUUCAGAAUAAAACAUCCGAUGGCCAGAACUUGCCUUACAACUUCUUAGUGUCGUCAAAUGGGCAAACGUAUGAAGCCCUCGGCUGGCGGCAGCCGUCUUCAAUGUUCCCACAGUACUCUGGAUCAGCUCUAGUCCUGGCUUUUAUAGGUAACUUUACCACGAUUGCUCCUACGCACGCCCAACUGACAGAAGCGAACAAGUUCUUUGCAGUGUCGGUGAGCCGUAAAUACCUACACCCCGCGUACACAGUCAUUGGAAAAGCCACUAAAAGUUACCCAGAGACCUUAUUCUCCAGUUUGAAGCAACUCCCUCAAUGGGACAGCGAAUUAUCUGACAAAUCAAACACCUAGUCCUUUCUUAUUAGAGCAAUAACGGCGUAAUCACAAUAUCAACGAAUUAAAAAACAAUAGAAACGGAAAUCUGAUUAAAUAUCCGAUUAUAGAAACGUGAUUUGUUCAACAAAUUCACACGAUGCGAUAUCGUUUUUUACCUAUUUACAAGUUAAAAUGGGUGACUUUUUUGUCGUUAUCACUAUUUAAAUAAUGUCGUGUGAAUGAUUAUUCUUAAUCUUAUCGCGGUAUCACGCAGACUGUUGAUAGUAUGUCUACUGUGUUCACAUCAAACGGAUUCCCAUAUAUAUAAUGUCAUACCAUAAUCCUUUAUGGGACGCAAACAACUUGAAAACCGAAGUACAUAAUUAUUUGAAUUGUAAUAAAAACAUGUCUUUUCAGUUUUUGUGAUGGAAUUAUUUUGUUGAUAAUUUAGGCAAUAUUUGAGUAUAAUAAUUAUGUAUAAAUAGAUGUAAGUUGAAACAGUCGUUACCAAAAAAAAAAUAGGUUAAUGCGCACAAUAAAUUUAGAAAGUACCUAAUAAUAAAUUGGUAAUUGCUCCAUAAUAUUACUUUUUGUUGGCUUAUUAUUGUAUUACGUAGUAAUUUAAGUGACUACGCAGAAAUAAUAGGUUAUUAAUAAAAAAACAUAAUAGGUUAAGUAUUAUGUAACAAUUUGUCGACGUCACGGUUACGGUCUCCUAUUAAACGCUAUACGCGACGUACGACGUCAUCGUCAAAAUGUUUCUAUCGACGCCAUAAUGGACAAGUUUCCAAUUUUUAUCUUUGAAUAAAUCUUGAGAAUAUAAG